AUGAACUACCCUUAUCCCUACUCGCAAGCAGCAGAGCUUGACAAGAGGAUCCAAAUUCCUCGACCUUGCUAUGAUGCGGCUCUCGCCCCAAUGCUCGACUAUGCUUCAUUGCCUGAAGAGUUCAGUCUUGAUUUGAUGCGCGGUGUCGCAGCAGGUGAACAGGAAUGCCCCCAUGGUUCACACACCUACAAUGCAGAGAGUGUGCUCAAAGACCAGCCUCACUUGACUCAUGCUGAACAUGUUGUCACUGGCCCUGACAAUAACGACGUCAUUCUCUCUGUGUUCACACCAAAAGAAAAAGCAAAGUCACCUCGCCCAGCCUUGUACCACAUACACGGUGGAGGCAUGGUCAGCGGUGACAGAUUCACUGCCUUGACCCAAGUGAUCGACCUCCUGGCGGGUAUCGAUUGCGUUGUUGUUUCUGUCGAGCACCGUCUUGCACCUGAGACGCGUGCACCUGGUCCAGCUGAGGACUGUUACGCUGGCCUUGUAUGGGUUUCCGAAAAUGCAGCGAGCUUAGGGAUUGAUCCUGCAGCAAUCGCAGUGUUCGGUGUCUCUGGUGGAGGCGCCCUAGCUGCUGCCACAUGUCUCAUGGCUCGAGACAGAAAGUCCCCAGCCGUGCCCAUCAAGGCUCAGAUGCUUUACUCACCUUUGCUUGAUGAUCGCUGCGAGAGCCUGGCGGACCAACAAUUUGAGUACGGCAAUCCUGCUCCUACAAACUGGCUUCGCGCAAUCUGGGAUCACAUUCUUGGAGAUGAACGUGGGUCUGAAAAUGUCACUCCCUACCAAGCUCCCGCCAGAGAGACAGAUCUUUCGAACCUUCCUCCAGCGUACAUUGACGCCGGAGAAUGCGAAGUCUUCCGCGAUGUUGCUGUCGCCUACGCUACCAACCUGUGGCGUUGCGGAUCUACAUGCGAACUGCACAUCUGGCCUGGAGCCUUCCAUGGGUUCGAUAUGAUGGACGAUCCGCAGAUACCACUGAUCAAUAUUGCCAACAAAGCAAAGGCCAAUUGGUUCAAGAGGGUCUUGACGACCGAGACCAAGCCAACGACUCCUACAAUUGCCCAUGCAGGAUAG